AUGGAAACCAUCCCGUUACAGCCAUUUUAUUGUAACAUUUGUACCAAACUUGAUGUAGAGCGACAAUUUUUGGAUGAUUACCGAUUACUUGGAGAGAAAAUUGGCCUCAGUAGAGAUGAGAUCACAUUACUUGGACAGAAGGGACAGCCAACUCAUUGCAUGUUACAGAAGUUUAAAUCUCAAAAGAAUAGUUGUGUUGGAAGAUUUAAGAACAUUAUGGAGGACAUGGACAGGCAUGAUAUUGUUACUGUUAUUGAUGAAUGGAUAAGCCAUGAGUGGGGAAAAGAAAAUAAUUCAGCAGUCACAUUAGUUUAA